CGCUGUUGCGUCGAAGGAGAAAAGCGCUUCCGUUCGUUUACACGCCGCUUUCAUCAUGGCGGCGGGACCGAUUUCUGAACGAAAUCAAGAUGCCACUGUAUAUGUGGGCGGUCUUGAUGAGAAGGUCUCUGAGCCUCUGCUGUGGGAACUUUUCCUACAAGCUGGUCCUGUUGUAAACACACACAUGCCCAAAGAUCGAGUAACGGGACAACACCAAGGUUAUGGGUUUGUGGAGUUCCUCAGCGAAGAAGAUGCAGACUACGCCAUAAAGAUCAUGAACAUGAUCAAACUCUACGGCAAGCCUAUACGAGUCAACAAAGCCUCUGCGCACAACAAGAACCUUGAUGUUGGCGCCAACAUCUUCAUCGGCAACUUGGACCCUGAAAUUGAUGAGAAACUCCUCUACGAUACUUUCAGCGCUUUUGGUGUCAUCCUUCAGACGCCCAAGAUCAUGCGUGACCCGGACACGGGCAACUCUAAGGGUUACGCUUUCAUCAACUAUGCCAGCUUUGAUGCCUCUGAUGCAGCUAUCGAGGCCAUGAACGGCCAGUAUCUCUGCAAUCGGCCUAUCACGGUGUCGUAUGCGUUCAAAAAGGACUCGAAGGGCGAGAGGCACGGUUCGGCCGCAGAGAGACUGCUGGCCGCUCAAAAUCCACUUUCACAGGCCGACCGUCCCCACCAGCUUUUCGCGGAUGCUCCACCCCCUCCCAGUGUAUCCACGCCUGUCAUGACCACGCUCGGAGUUCCUAUACCAGGAAUGCCUCCUCCUGGUGCAUUUCCACAUGUUCCUCCUCCUGGUUCAAUGCCGCAUGGGAUGCCCCCCGGUAUGCAAAUGCCACCUGCUCCAGGAACUGCUGGAGCACAAGGUGGUGCAGGCCCCCCACCAGGGCCACCACCGUUCCCCCCGGCAGGAAUGCACCCACCUGGAAUGCCACCAAUGCCAAUGCCUCCAUCAGGACCACCGGGUAUGGUGCCUCCACCACCUGGAUCCAAUCAAUCAAGAGGACCACCUGGGAUGCCUCCUCCACCCAUGGGUGUCCCUCCCAGAGGACCAUUUGGCCCCCCAAUGGGCCCACCAAUGCAUCCAGGUAUGAGAGGACCACCCCCAAUGCCUCCUCCCGGUUAUGGCGCUGGCCCUCCCAGACCUCCACCCCUCGGCUUUCAGAGAGGACCUCCCUUACCACCACGUCCACCCGCACCACCAAGGGGUCCAAUGAGAGCACCGAUGCCACCCUAAACUGUACUGUCAAGACCUUUUUUGAAACCUUGUUUUUAUUUACAUAUUAUGUUUUGAUGUAAUAGGUUGAUCUCAUGCGUCUUUGUAUACAGAUUUCUUAAUUUUUGGUGAUUGUACUUAUACAGAAUUCACAAGGAAUAAACCAUUUUAUAUAA